AUGGCAGGAUACCAGCUCUGGUCUCCGUGGACCACUCUGGAUGAGAAUUUGAGGUGGCUGAGGCGCACAACACCCACCUUUUCCUCCAAGCACCCUUUUCGGGCCUCUCCUUUCUUCCCCCAGAGCCCUUACAACUCUGAAGUGCAGCGGUGCUUUCAAGAAGUUGCUGUAGUAAUGGAAACUGCAGACAACCCCGAGUUACCUGGCCACCCGUCAGAUCAACUGAGUGGAACUGCAGACAAGAAAGUAGUGAUCAGGAAGCCCGAGCCCAUCCGCCUCAUUGGAUUGGAUUGUGUCUUCGGCAGCGUUGUUACUGUCCAGCCACCCAAGUGGACUGGAACCUUCAGAGUUUCGGAUGGAUCAGCCUUCUCCAAAGUCAUCAGCAAGGAGCAACAGUGGCCGACUGGACUUAAGGAGGCUCAGAUUGAGAUGACGAUGUCUAUGUGCAAACAGAUGCUACGCUCGAUUCUUCUGCUAUACGCAAUAUACAAAAAGUGCACCUUUGCCCUGCAGCACUCCCAGUAG